AGCGGGCGCCCCACCCCCAGCCGGUCCGCGGCGGCAGCGGUGGCGUCCGGCGGGAGGGAGUUACUGCCCCGGCGAGCCACCGAGCGCAUCGCGCCAUGGCAUGCGCGGGGCUGCUCGCCGUGUGUCUGCUCCGGCCCCCGGCGCCCGGACCCCCACGGCCUCCCGCAUCUGCCACGGGGCUCGCCGGACACGCGCUGUUCCAGGACGUUUUCCGCAGAGCAGACAAGAAUGAUGACGGUAAGCUCUCCUUUGAGGAAUUCCAGAAUUACUUUGCUGAUGGAGUUCUCAGCCCAGGGGAGCUGCAGGAACUAUUCAGCGGCAUCGGAGGGCAUCCCACCGACAAUUUAGAGACGGAGAAACUGUGUGACUACUUUUCAAAGCACCUGGGUGUCUACCGGCCUGUGCUGGCUGCCCUGGAGGCACUGAACCGAGCUGUGCUCUCUGCCAUGGACACUACCAAACUGGAAUAUGAGCAGGCCUCCAAGGUGGACCAGUUUGUGACACGCUUCCUGCUGCGGGAGACAGCCAGCCAGCUCCAGGCUCUGCAGAACUCUCUGGAGGGUGCAUCGGACACCCUGGAGGCCCAGGCCCGUGGCCCAUCAUAUACCAGGGCCUUGCCAGUCUGCGGGUCCAGAGUGUCGGAGGAAGAGAAUAUAGAAAUGCAGAGGAGGCUCCGUGGCAGCCGGCGGGCAGGACGAAGGGCUCUGAGGAGUGUCAGCCGGUCCCCCACCUGGUCUCCUGGCUCUUCUGACAUAGGGAAGAACUCAGAGGCUGCAAUGCAGUGGCGGCUCCAGGUCAACCGUCUUCAGGAGCUCAUAGACCAGCUCGAGUGCAAGGCCCCCCGGUUGGAACCUCUGCAUGAAGAGGACCUCACCAAGGGUCCUGACUCGUACAUACUCGUGGCCCAGCGGCAGGUGCAGGUGGCCGAAUCUGCCCUGCGGGACUUCCACCGAGCCCUUUGCUGCUAUGUGGACUUCACAGGGGCCCAGAGUCAUUGUCUGCAUGUGUCUGCCCAUAAGAUGCUGGACAACACCUCCUAUACCCUGUACGAGUUUUGGCAGGAUGAAGCCUCCUGGAGAAGGCACCAGCAGGCGCCCUGCAGCAAGGCCUUCCAGCGCAUCCUCAUUGACCACCUGCGAGCCCCGGACACUCUCACCACUGUGUUCUUCCCAGCCUCCUGGUGGAUCAUGAAUAACAACUGAGCCUGACUUGCUUACACCAAGGAUCCGGAAGGCCUUGCCUGAUUCCUUCUGCACUGGUCAUCUCAGCACCAAGAGCAAGGACCCUGGCGCCUCCUAGACCUGGGCCUGGCCAGCUGGGAGAGGGGCUCAGCGCCAGGGCUCAGGGACUGGGCUGCUUAUUUGUUACUAUUGGUGUAUUUUUUGUUUGUAGCUUCAGCCUUCCAGGCAUCUGAAGUUUUCCACCUGGCACAGGAGGCCUGGACUUUGUCCCUUUUGCUCCUGCCUUGCUAUGUAACUAAGCAGGUCCCUUCCCUCUCUGGUUGACUCCCAGUGUCCUGCUUUCUUCCUGCUGUCUUGGGGCCAGGUUUCUGCUUUUCCCCAACCAGCGGCAGAACCAGGGCUGAUGCUCAGGGACCCUCAACCCCUUGAACCUCGCCCCUGAGACUGAGCCGGAUCAGUCUGCAAUGUGGAAUAAGGACCUGGGUGUCCCCAUCAUUCUCCUGCACCCACUGGACUUCCAACACCCAUAGUUCGCCAGAGAUCUCUGGAGGAUCCUGGGUUGGUUUGCAUGUCAUUUGCAUAUCAUUUGCAUGCCCACAUCCCACCCAUUCUCAGGGCACUAUGGGAAGCUCCAAGGUAACUUUGCCAAGUAGCAAUAAUUUGGGCUUAGAGUCAUCUGCUUCCCCCACAGACCUCUGCAUCCUAGCGUGGGACCCCAGUGCAGGGGCAAUAAAGGCAGUGCUCAUC